AUGCCAACUACGGAGGUCGCACGAUACAGCGCCGCUUUAAAAAACAGCUUCGCUUAUAAGACAACCAUCCAAAGAUGGCCUACUAUAUUGACGCAGGUAGUAGAUGGCUUAUUUCAACAAUGCCACGCUCUAUCUGUCCAUGGUACUGCUUCCCAUACCAAGGUUGAAGAGGCCAAGAGUAUCAUCGAACAAAUUUCGCAGCUCAAGUACGAACUAACUCAUAACAAGGCUCUUACGCCCAUCGGAGUCAGAUCGGAUAAUGCCCCCCGCAUCGGCUCGUUUCACGCGCCAGCCACGGAGCCAUAUGACGAUAUAAUCCGCCGAUCUGACUUGACUUGGUUUCAAUCAGACUGGCUCUUUGCGGAGUGCUAUUUGUAUCGACGACUCCGACAUUUUUUCGAAAUAUCAAACGAAUGGAAAGAACACGAUCCUUUCAUUAGUUUAAAGAACGAUGCAUUUCGUGCGUCCGGCCGUGGUGUUGGCGCAUGUGCUACGUGGAUGGAUAAUAUAUUGUCCAAGUCGGAAACGCAUAAUACCGCGAGCCCUGACACAAAAAGUAUAUUUCAAGAUAUGGUGUAUUCCUCGUUGUGGGGGAAUGCCAUGGAUCUGAGCCUAUUGCUGAACAUAACUGAUGACGAGCUGCAAAAACGACAGAGCGCAUCUGAAAAGGAGCGCUCUGACAAAAUUCAACACAUCAUUGUCAACGACAUGGACGCGCUAUGGAAUAAGGUGCGCGGCAUUACAGAAGGUCGCGUUGACUUUGUGUUGGAUAAUGCUGGUUUUGAGCUCGUUACUGACUUUAUGCUGGCUGAUUUUAUGCUUUCUCUCCGUGGACCCUUUGCGCGUGCGUCUGAAGAGCGAGCUAACGACAUUGAAAGACGAAUCCACCAUGUUCUUCAGCGUGUAUCGGAAGCGUCGAAAGUGGCCAAUCGUGAAGAAAAUCCGAGUCUUUUGGUUGUUUCAAAGUUACAUCCGCCAUCUGAUGUAAUGGCUGCAUACCACAGAACAGGACAGCGCCACUUUGGAGAAAACUACGUUCAAGAGCUCGUCGAUAAGGCUAGUGUGCUUCCUGACGAUAUUCAUUGGCACUUCAUUGGUGGUCUUCAAAGUAACAAAGCAAAGCUACUUGCGACUGUGCCAAACCUGUAUGCUGUGGAAUCGAUUGACUCCGACAAAUUAGCCACGGCCUUGGAAAAAUCCUUGGCUAAACCAGAAAACACGGCUUUACGUGCGUAUCCUUUGCAUGUGUAUAUCCAAGUCAACACUAGCGGCGAAGAAGGAAAAAGUGGUCUACCAGCCAUGUUGGCACCAUGGAAAAACGACGACGCUCAACCACCGCUUUUAGCACUCGCCCAAAGGAUCAUGCUAGAAUGUCCCCAUAUGAGACUUCAGGGACUUAUGACUAUCGGCUCCAUGUCAAAUAGCCAGGCUUCUCAAGAAUCAAACGAAAACCCCGACUUUGCAACCUUGGUUUCAUCCCGGCAACACCUGAUGAAUGCAUUGACGCAGGAUGCUAAUUUUCUAGCUAAAUUGUCCAAAGCAACAUGGUGGACUCCGAAUGGAAAUGCCACAAAUGUGUAUGAUGACUUGAUGAAAAAUCAGGAUUUGGGCCUUAGUAUGGGUAUGUCCGCUGAUAUGCAAGCAGCUAUUUCCAUGGGAAGUACAAAUGUCAGGAUUGGAAGUGACUGCUUCGGACGGCGUACAUCCAACAACGAGGCAGCUGAUAUUCGAUCAGCCGAAUUAGGAGAGUGGUCGAAACGCCCAUUGGUGAAGGAAGUGGUCUUCCACCCAAAAAACAUGCCCUGGUUUGUGAGUGACACAUGCGUGCCUGACAUAUGGCGCAUGUUAGACCAACUUUCUCAGCCAGACUUCUUCUCUUGCGCCCAGGAUCUUGCAAUGGAGCCUAUUUAUCGAAUGGCUAAGCGCUGGCGAAGUCAUUUUGAGGAGGGUCGAUUUCGCCUUGCCAUGCCUGAUGAUUCGCCUCUCGGAGCUAGUGCAGGUGCAUUAAGUGACUACUGGACGUGGCCUGAUAGCUAUGAAACUAUGCCUGAACGCGCUCCGGAGCUCUUCAGUCGACUGAAAACAUCAGACUUGGUUUUAUUCAAAGGCGACUUGAACUAUCGCAAACUGACACAAGACGCUCAAUGGCCAAGUUCCACGUCGUUUUCUCAAACUCUCGGGCCUUUGGCAGGAGAGGUAGCUCUCGUGGCGCUGCGCACUUGUAAAGCUGAGGUUUGUGUUGGCUUGCCUGAGGCGCAGGAGGCCAAGCUCUACGAAUGCGAUGAUUCUUGGCGAACCAAUGGGAAAUGGGCAGUGAUCCAGUAUGCUGCCUGUACCCAAUCAUCACGUGUAUAG